AUGCAGAUCAAGAGUGUCCUCAUCGCCGUCGCCGGCCUUGCCGCUCUGUCCGAGGCCUCUGUCAUUCCUGGCGCCUCUCCCUUCAGCAGGACGCUCGCUCGUCGCCAGUUCCGCGGCGGUCAAGGGGGUAACAACGGCGGCAACAACGGUGGGAACAAUGGUGGUAACAACAACGGAGGAAACAACGGCGGCAACAACAACAACAAUAACGGAGGGAACAACAACGGUGGAAACAACAACAACAACGGCGGCGGUAACGCCGGCGCCACCCAGGUCUGUCUCGUCGACGGUGUCCUCCAGGAAGGUUCAAACCAGGCUGGCCAGCCUGCUGAUGGCGCCGUUGCUUCCGCCACGGACGACUCCAACUUCAUCAACUUCUGCCAGGGAGAGGAGUUGACCAACGGUGAGCAGAAGACCGGCGGCUCUUGCAACGGAAUCCCUAUGGGCAAGAUCCCAGCCCAGAACAACAUGGUCUCCAGCAUUCUGGUCAACCCCGCCCACAACGACAACCUUGAGGCCAACACCGACUUCGACAUCCAGGUCCAGGUUGACAACUUCGCUCCUGGAGCCUUCACCGAUGCGCAGAGUACCUAUUACUCUGCCCCCCAGGACCUCGAUGGUCAGGGCCGCAUCAUCGGUCACACUCAUGUCACCGUUCAGACCUUGGGCGGCAACCUCACUCCUGACCAGCCUCCUGACGCCUCUACCUUUGUCUUCUUCAAGGGAAUCAAUGAUGCUGGCAAUAACAACGGCCUUCUCUCUGCCACCGUCACUGGUGGUCUGCCUCCCGGUAACUACCGUGUCUGCACCAUGUUCGCGGCCGCAAACCAUCAGCCGGUGAUCAUGCCAGUCGCCCAGCGCGGUUGCCAGGAUGACUGUGGCCAGAACCAGGGUGGUAACCAGGGUGGUGUUGAUCAGACUGUCGAUCCUGCUGUCGAUGCUACUGCUGCACCGUCCGCUGACGCGACUGCCGACCCUGCUGCCGGAGAGACUGAAGCCGCUGACGGUGCGAAUGCCGGCGCUGAUGGAGGUCAGGGUGCUGGCGGCGCCGGUGGUGCUACUGCGGCCAAUGCUGUCGGUGGUUUUGCAGCGCCUGAGAUCUCCGACUCUGGCAACGCCGAUCGCCCGUUUGAGGUCAACGGCAACACCUUCACCAACCGUCAGACCGCUGCCCAGAGAGCUUGCGACAUCCAGAAGAACCAGUGUGCGGACGCCGUCAAUGGAGGCGGCGGUGCUGGCUUCGCUCUGUCCGACUGCCAGGCACAGGUCGCCUCUUGUGUGGCUGAGCUUGCCUGA